AUGUCCGAGCCGGGCUCCGCCGCCGGCUCCCUCCGCCCCGCAGGGCUCCUGGCCGCCGAGGAGGAGGCGCCCGCCGCACCUGCGGCCUUCCUGCAGGAGCUGCCGAGCUCCCUGGACUCUUAUCAGGCUAAUAUAAAAUAUUUAUCUGAAUGGGAUCAGUGGAAAAGAAAUAACCGUAAGUCAUGGAAAAAAAUCUUUGACGGAGCCAAGGAGUUGUUAUCUUACCUGGAGCUUUGGCGGCAUGAUAUUCGCAGCAUAGAAGGGAAAUUUGGUACUGGCAUCCGAUCCUACUUCUCCUUUCUGCGUUUUCUGGUCCUACUGAAUUUUGUAAUGUUUAUCCUGAUGUUCAGUUUGGUUACUGUUCCCACUGUCAUUUCUAAACAUGGAAUUUUCAACAGUAGCUUUCAUAAAAUUCCUGCAAGGAACAUAGAACCUCACUGCACAGUUUAUGCACCUAGUGGUAAUAAAGGUCUUGUUUACUUCUAUGCUUACCUCAAAGAUUUGCUCACUGGCACUGGAUUCCUGGAGAUGACAAGUUUGUUUUAUGGCUAUUACACAGUAGAUGCUGCGUGGAUCAGUAUCUUUAGGUACAACUUACCACUAGCAUACCUGCUGUCUACAUUUGCUUACCUCGCAUUAAGUCUGCUCUGGAUAAUAAAAAGGUCUGUGGAAGGAUUUAAGCAGAACUUGGUGCAUGGUGAAAAUCAAUUUCAGAGUUACUGUAACAAAGUCUUUUCAGGCUGGGACUUCUGCAUUACAGAUCUAAAUGCAGCACGACUAAAACAUCGCAGCUUGCAAUAUGAGCUAAAAACAGAUUUGGAAGAAGAAAGAUUGAAGCAAAAAAUAGCUGACAGGACAAUGAAAGACAAGCUACGCAUCUACUCACUGAGGAUAUUUCUAAAUAUUAUUGUCCUCGCAGUUUUAUCAGGAUGUUUUUAUUCUAUUUAUAGAGCAACUGUCUUCUCUCAGGAAAAUAUCUCCAAUAAUGGCAGCAAUAUGAAGUUUGAGGCUAAUCUGUUGGUACAGUAUUUGCCUUCCAUAGUGAUUACAUUGGCCAAUUUCAUUGCUCCUCAAAUCUUUUCAGUUCUAAUCAGACUUGAAGAUUAUUCACCAGCCUUUGAAAUAAGGUUGACACUGAUGAGGUGUGUUUUUGUGCGGUUGGCCAAUAUCGGUGUUCUCUUAUUCUCGCUGUGGAAUCAGAUCUCCUACUGUGCCACUGACAAGUGUAAUGCUUGUGGAUACAAUUACGAACUCUAUCCUUGCUGGGAAUCUCAAGUUGGGCAAGAAAUGUAUAAAUUGUUGAUAUUUGAUUUUAUCAUAAUUUUGGGUGUGACUCUAAUUGUGGACUUUCCUAGAAAGUUGUUAGUUACUUACUGCUCUUGGGAGCCAGUUAAGUGGUGUGGUUUGCAGGAAUUUGGAAUUCCUGACAACGUCCUGGAAAUCAUUUACGGGCAGACGAUCUGCUGGAUUGGAACCUACUAUUCACCACUUCUUCCAGCAAUAGCAACUGUGAAAUACUUUAUCGUCUUUUAUAUAAAAAAGAUUAGUUUGAUUCACACACGUAAACCUUCAACUAGGCCUAUCAGAGCAUCAAGUUCCAAUUUUUUCUUCUUGGUGGUGCUGCUGAUUGGGCUCAUCUUGGCUUUUUUCCCUUUAGCAAUCAGCAUAGCACAUAUGCCUUCUUCUAAGGCGUGUGGGCCGUUCAGGAAUUUUAACACUUCUUGGGCAGUUGUUCCAGAUACCAUACUUGGGUUUCCAACUGGUUUGCGGAAGGUCCUUUAUGGCAUAGCAUCAGAAGCCUUUGCAGUACCUUUUUUUAUGAUUAUGUGCCUCGUUAUGUUGUAUUUCAUUGCCUUGGCUGGAGCACACAAACGAGUUGUUGACCAGCUGAGGGAACAACUGGUUAUGGAGAGUCGUGACAAGCUUUUCCUAAUCAGAAAGAUAGCAGAAGCUCAGAAGCAUACUUGAAAACCACAGAAAGCCAGAAGAACUUGACUCCUGAAACUUCCAGAACCACUAGAUUGGAGUAGAAAUAUCUACGGCACUUAAACUGAAUAGCUGACAAGCAUCUUGACGCUGCACUCUGAAAUGAAUGCUUACAUUCUUAAUGUUGGCUAUGCUUGUGGGACUUAAAGUUUCCAAGACUUGAAAUUUAACUUACUUGUACCAUAUUACCCCGUCCAAAAAGUCAAUGGUAGGAUGCUUUAUUGCUGCUAGAGUUUCAAGGUUGUCGAUGUUUAUGUUAAAUCCUAAUAUUUCCAGGGAUCUGGGGUAAUAUGUGCUCAGAGCUGAGAUUCCAUUCCUUUUCUAAAUUAUGCUUAAGAAUUGGGGGGGGAUUAAGGGGAGGAGGAGCGAUUUUUACACAUUUGCAACUCACUUCUCUUUUAAAACCAAAGCAAAAGAAAUACUUAAGUCAGUAUUUUGAAACAGUGCAUUGCAGGAAAAAAAUGCAACAGUUUUCUAACUGUUCCUCUAAAUUUUAGAGAAGAGACUUAGAUCUUUUGCUCUGAAAUAGCAACUGCAUUUGAACACUAGAUAACUGGCCAAAAUGGUUUAGGGAAAAAAAAAAGAAAAGAAAAACAAGCAGAUAAAAGAAUUCUGAAUAAAUACUGGAAGAAACCACCAGCUUGCCCGAACAUGGAGGGAUGUACAUCUCUAACACAGGUAGUCACCACUGUGGUACCAGUGCUGCUGCUGGGCCUUAGCCUUGAUUUAAACGUGUACUUGCAUUUUUGCCUACAAGCAUCUUGAAUGGUAUUCCUUCUGUUCCAAAAUGUGAAUGCUUGAGUUAAACAAGUUAUUUAUAAUGCAGAAAUACAACAUUCAGAAAGUUUUACAUGCUACUACCCUUUAAAUUUACUGUGAUUCUUAUCUCUUACGUGAAUCGAUGGAGCCGCGUGGCUCCGAGAGAACAGUAUUUUUAAGUGGCCUGCUGAUUUUUUUUUUCCUUUAUUUGAAGAUUGUGAUUAUGUUAACCAGAAUUCUCUACAGAAAAUCUGUGUUUACAUUACGUGAAUGUUGUAGAACAGUUAACGUGUGAGAACAUGUAUUCUUUUUACAGAAUGUUUUGCAUUUUUUUUCUCUUCUUUUUCAGGAAAGU